UUUAGGGUUAGGGUUUGGGUUUGGUCCGCCGGAGUGGUCAAUUUCUGAAACGCACACGGACACUCGCUCCAUGGGCAAGAGGGAGAAGAAGCUGAAAUCGAAGUCAGAUCACGAAAGCGACGACGAAGCACUAGCCGUAUUGGACGACGACGAUGACGAAGAGGCGAACGAGGACUUGAGCUUGAAAAUCGUCGAGAAAGCUAUGUUACGAGCGUGUAGCACCCGCCGAAACGACGGCGUUAUGGAAGAAUCAGAGAGCGGCGUUACUCUUAUCACCGACAUCCAAAACGAUGCCGCUUUCGAUGAAUCUAAAAGAAGUGGUCUUGUUGUUGCUGCGUCGCCUUCUGAAGAAGCUCAUGUUGUUACGAACAUGAAAGGUAGUAAGAAGACGAAGAAAGAGAAAUUGAAGAAGAAGAACCAAAAAAUUGAGUCCCAAAACGACACCGUGCCAAGUGAUAUAUGUUCGAAUUUCAGGAAGUUUUGUGGCGAAUUGUUCGCGGUUGAUGGUACACAGGAGGAAGACCAAGCAGAGAGAGGCAAAGCUCCAGUGGUUAAUGAAUUUGUUGAAACAAAUCCUGUUGAAAUUGCUGAUAAUAUUGUGCUGCGAAAGCUUCUUCGAGGGCCUAGGUAUUUUGAUCCUCCAGAUAGUGGUUGGGGAACAUGCUAUAAUUGUGGUGAAGAAGGCCAUACAACUGUGAACUGUACAUCAGCUAAGCGAAAGAGACCUUGCUUUGUUUGUGGAAGUUUGGAACACAAUGCAAAACAGUGUGCCAAGGUUUGUGAUGGUAAACAUGAAUAA